UGGUUAGCCAGCAAUGGAGUAGGCAGCACAGGCAACAUGCUCUGCUGAAUUUCAGGUUAAAAUGAUUUUUUAGGCACCUUACAUCAACGAAAAACCAUUACACACCCCUCUGAGCAAAGUUUUUUUUUUCAAUACACGUUAUUUUUAUUGGGACACCGCAGCCUAAAUGUCCUACAACUUGCGGAAAUUCGAGUUCAAAAGAAGAGCUAACGCUACUAGGCCCAAAGCCUCAAGCCCGAGUGAUUCACCAUCCAGGUGUGGUACACCUGAGCCUGAAGACCAAAUGGAGCCCGCGAGCUUGAAAGCAGAAAUCCUCACAGAACUGAAAAUGGACAUUGCUAUGCCGCUCAGGUCGGAGCUCAAGGCCGCUCUGGCUGAAGAUUUUCAAAACAUUAAAGCCGAGCUACAGGCAGUAAGAACGGAGCUAGCAAACAACACCGCGGCUAUCCGCGCUGACGUGGAGACGAUGAAAACAACAGUGGCGCACAUGGAGCAGGGGCUCUCAUCAUGUUCAGAUGACGUGACAUCUUUGCUGACUAAAGUCGGGAAACUCGAGACAGAAGUCGGCAACUUGCAGAAGAAGUGCCUUGAUAUGGAAGGAAGAAUGAGACGCUCCAACAUCCGUAUACUAAACGUCCCAGAAACUCCAGAGUCAAGCACACCGACAGCUGUCUCCAAACUACUAAAAGAAGCACUGAAGUUAGACAAGGAUGUCCUGAUCGAUCGGUCCCACAGGGGGCUACAGCCGAGAAGCCAGGACGGCAGACCCCGUGUCAUCGUGGCAAAAGUUCACUACUACCAGGAUUGUGCCGACAUCCUCCGCCGCGCCAGGGAGUCCGGGCCGCUCCGGUUCAGAGGGACGGACAUCUCCAUCUUCCCUGACUAUCCCCCCAGCGUCGUGCAGGCCAGGUCCGCUUUCAGCGAGGUGAAAACAGGAUUUCCACCUCGGGUCCGGUCCCUUCCCAACAUCCCGUCCAUAUUAAUUGAUCAAGACUUUGGCAGUGAUUUUCUCAAAACAAGCAAGAGUGAAAAUAGAAGCAUACAUUUCAAGGAAGGGCAACUAAAAGACCAAUUCCAAAUCUUGGAAAGUAUUCUUGACGAUCUUGAAAGGUGCAGAAAAAGCACAGUGAGAAACUUGGACAAGACCUCUUCCCUGCCUGGCCUGAACAUACAUUUGCAUCAACCUCAGCAGCACCAGUUUGAAGAAGACAUUGAAGUUGAGCUGCAUGAAGACAUUGUUUUAGAAAUCCCCAUUCAAGUUGAAUCAUCACCACAGCAACAACUUUUUGAAGAGGAUUCUGACGAUGACCUGUACAGCACCAGGGUUUCAGAAGUCCCCGUUCCUGUCCAGUUAUCACCACAGCAACAGCUUGACGAGGAUUCUGACGAUGACCUGUACAGCAACAGGGUUUCAGAAGUCCAAGUUCCAGUCCAGUCAUCACCAUGGUUUGAAGACGAAAUUAACGAUGACCUGUACGGCUACAGGUUCCGCGUUCCAGUUUUUUCAUCACCACCGGUACAUGUGUCUGUACACUGGCAACCGCUUGAAGAGGAUUCUGACGAUGACCUGUACAGCACCAGGGUUUCAGAAGUCCCCGUUCCUGUCCAGUCAUCACCACAGUUUGAAGACGAAAUUGAAGAUGACCUGUAUGACUACAGUAUACCUGAGCUAGAGCUUUCAUCAACAUCGUCCCACCAGUUUGAAGAGGAUAUUGUAUGUGAGCUGUCUGAAGAAAUGGAUUUAGAAAUCCCCACUCGAGUGCUGUCAUCAUCACAGUUUGAAGACGAAAUUGAAGAUGACCUGUAUGACUACAGUAUACCUGAGCUAGAGCUUUCAUCAACAUCGUCCCACCAGUUUGAAGAGGAUAUUGUAUGUGAGCUGUCUGAAGAAAUGGAUUUAGAAAUCCCCACUCGAGUGCUGUCAUCAUCACAGUUUGAAGACGAAAUUGAAGAUGACCUGUAUGACUACAGUAUACCUGAGCUAGAGCUUUCAUCAACAUCGUCCCACCAGUUUGAAGAGGAUAUUGUAUGUGAGCUGUCUGAAGAAAUGGAUUUAGAAAUCCCCACUCGAGUGCUGUCAUCAUCACAGCAACAGUUUGAUGAGGAAAUUGAUGAUGACCUGUACGUCUACAGGUUCCCCAUUCCAGUCCUUUCAUCACCACCGCAACAGCUUGACGAGGAUUCUGACGAUGACCUGUACAGCAACAGGGUUUCAGAAGUCCAAGUUCCAGUCCAGUCAUCACCAUGGGUCCGAAUCAGGGGACUUUUUCAACGCAUUCAGCAGUUUAUGAAUGACUUUGGCAGACUACUUUCAAGAGUAUGAAUAACAUUCUAUGAUUGUCAUGAAAUAAGUUGUUUUUGUGUUGUUGUUGCUCCCCUCUCAUAUGCAUGAUGGUGCCCCAACUUUACUGUAAUCCGAUAACUUUUUUAAGUAAUGAGUAAAGUAAGGAAUUACAAUUGCAAAAACAGUAAAUAUAGCCGCAAGCGGCAAUCUGCGGGUCCUAACCCCUUUCACCCCAAACCGGCCACCCUGACCCUCAUCUUCUGCAGUCGUUGACAUUGGUCGCUGUGUUCCUCAAAGCUCUGUGCAACCUAUUGAUAAGCCCCAGAUUUCUCCAAAUUUGGUUUUCAGGUACACGCUAAUGGCAUUUAUAGCCCUAUAGGUCGAGCUCAAAAUGCUUCGGUAGGCAGACUAACAGUCCUGUUUUGAACCUACCCACCAAGUUUUGUGAUGAUAGGAGAAAGGGUGUGGGAGUUAUGGCCAAUCAUUAUCAUAUGCCCAUUGUGUGAAACUGGAUUUGGAUUUCGAAAUUUGGAAAGUCACGGAUUAAGCGGAAAGAAACAAGACGAGAUCCCCCGAAGCUGUGGAGCAUAUUUGGUGUUGAUAGAGUCGAUCUUUCAAAAGUUCUAUUCAUUUUACUGUUUUUAAUGUUAUGCAAAUUAGCAAAAAAUCUGUAAUAGCAGCUUUCAUGGUGCAAGAGGCUUUUUUGUAGAGGACUAUCAAGAGGACAUGUAUGAAAAAUUUCAAGUCAAUAGCACUUAUGGCUUGGUGGGGAGAGCCUUUCGAACUUCACACCCUAUGUUAUAGUGCCCCCAUCUGACGGAUUGGGAUAAUAUUUUUGGAGCAGCAUUUAGACAUCAUUUAAACUCAACAUACCAAGUUUCGUGUCUCUGGGUCCUUCCAGCUCGCCAUAAAUUGAUAAAACGCAAACAAUGAUGGUUAAUGACGGAUAGGCCACGCCUGCUUUCACCUAUCAACAUGGCACUCAAGAUAUUAGAUAAUACUGUCUGAUGGUCUUUGAGAUAAGCAUGUGUAGCAUUUAUAGUGCCCCCUAUAGGUCCUCUACAUGUUUUGGUAGGCAGAUUCCCAGUACAGUUGUGAACCUACCCACCAAGUUUUCGAAAGUUGGAAUUAUGGCAAAUCAUUUAUAAGCUCCACCCAUUGCAAAAAUACAUUAGUCCGUGGCGGCCAUGUUUUUAGACCAAUCUGGCUCAUUUAUAGUAGUGCUGAUAGAGUCAAUCUUUCAAAAGUUCUAUUCAUUUUACUGUUUUUUACAUCAUGCUAAUUAGCACGAAAUCUUUGUAGAGCACAUGGAGCUGGACUUGUGUGUCAAAUUGUCAAAAGUCAAUCAGACUUACGUGUGAGGGGCAUGACCUUCCCAAAAACGCAUUUUCAAGCCUUAGUUACAGCGCCACAAUGUGGCUUACUGGGCUCAUAUUUUGAUAAAUGUUGAUGCACAUCAUUUCCAGUCAAUGGGCAAAGUUUCAAGUUUCUGGCCCACUCCAGCAAAUAAUUACAAAUAACAAAUAAUUAAAAUAAUUAUGAUAAUAAACUGGUACAAUUUUAGAAAAAACAAAAACAAAACAAAACAAAAAUAAUGUUCCAUUGCACUCCAUCAGUUCAGCAGGUUUUUAAAACAGAAAAGAUGCUCUUCAUACAUGAAAAGCUAAAGUAUAUCAGGGCUGCAAGACUUUUUAAUGUAGAACUUCUGGAGGAAGUAAUUUAAGAGUUUAAGAGAACCUUUGGUCAUAACAUCUUCUGAAGAAAUAAGCACAUCAUGUCACUCCUGCUGUACUUAGUAUCAUUGACAUUACUCUCAAUGUAUAUCAAGACAACAGUUUUUUGUUUUUUUUUCAUCAUGCUUUCUCCAUAUUAGUUUUCUCAUUGGUAGGUCUUGUAUAACUGACUGAUUAUAAGUAUCGGCAGCUGCUUUAAAUGCACAAUGUUUGGCCACUUCUGGUCAUUCCUACUUUGAUGGAAAAAUUUGUCUUAAAGCUGAAGUCUUAAAUGGGCCGAACUCAAUCCUUAUAGCCCCGAGUAGUAACCUAGAUUUUCCAAAUUUAGGUAUUGACUUAGCAUUGCUGUAAGAUGAGCAUGUAUCCUCUUGAGUGUCAACCGUUUUGACAGUGAUAGCCUAUAUUUGUGAGCAGCCUUUGUCUAUGGUUGUAUGUAUAGACGUGUUUAUGAGGAGUGGAUAAACACGGCAAAAAGAACUGUCAUGUUCCUCACACAACCACAAACACCAAGUCAAGGCAGGUUGAAGAGGGGCAGACAGAGGAAACUGGACUUGAUGUCAUGAUCUUUAAGUGCACCUGUGCUAUAUUCUGACCAUUGAAUGAUAAUCAUGUGUGUACUUUACUUUCGCAUUAUAUAUUAUAUGUAACUUUUGCAUUAAAAUGUUGAUCGAUUUGUUAUUACAAGUAAUGAUCUCUCUGUACCUUGUAUAUAUGUGGGGAUGACAAUGAAUACGUUAUUAUUAAGAGUUAUCAUGUAUAAAAGAUUUCAGUGGAGUUUUCAGAGCAAGUCGGUAAAAGGCAAGGUCACCAAAUUUUAGUAAGAAUGGCCGUAGACAGUGAUCUAAGUUCUACAACAAAUAUUAAGGAACACAUGACCAACAUGUCUAGAACCAACACACGUGCAUAGUUUAAAAUCACAGUAAAUACUCAUGAUGAUCUGAGUCGAAGAUACAUUCUGAUUGGUUUCAUGUGUGGUGGUGAAUAAAUUAAUCUAUUAUUUUGAAGAGAAGAAAGAAAAACAGACAACCACAGGAACGAGUAUCAAAGUUAAGAUUUUUAAAUGCCAAAAUCAAGACUACUAACUGCAAGUAAAUAAGAGUUUGUGUGAGGCAGAAUGUUGUUUUUUUUGGGGGCAUUUUUUUCCAACUGACCUUUUAUGUGACUUGCCUGGAAUCUGCAUCAACAAUAAAAGUUUACUUUCACAGAUUUAAAGAUUUGAUUAAAGUACUUAUGAGUAAAUUAUUGUGGUUUAGAGUUAAUUGUCUCUAUACCAUACAUUUGAUUUCAUGGAAUUUAAAUUUGUAUAUAAUUAUUCAAUAUCUGAGUGUGGUUGAUGAAUAUUUAAUCAUUGUAAUUUUUUACUGUAUGUUUUCAUUGUUCCACAUAUUUUUUUAUCAUUAGCACUGGCUUUGAUUAUUUUUACAUUUACAUACAUUUAUGAAUAUUUGCACUUUUGAAUUGGUUUUAAAGUUUCGAAUAAUAAUCCUGUAUUGAAAGAUUCCUUGCUUUUGCUUUGUUUAUUAAUUUUUUUAUCAGUCUUUUUUCU